AUCUUGGGAGAUUAGGGUUUUAUCUCAAAAGAAAGUUAUAGUAUUAAACUAGAACUGUACGUACUUAUAUAAAAGCAAUCACCACCAACCAUAACUCUAAAACCAAUUCCACCAUUAUUUAAAAUUUCAUGUUAAUGCAGUCACGUUUUUCUAUUAUUUGAUUAUCAAACAUCCAGGGUAAGCAACUAGGGCGAUGGCUAGUGAUGGCAGUGGCCUUCAGAACAGAGGAUGUGUCUGCAAGAAAGAAGAUUUUUUGCCAGAAGAAUCAUUCCAAAGCUGGAACUCUUAUAUUCAUGCAUUGUCUAACAUAAAAAGCCGGUUCAAGGAUCGUGUUCUAGCACGAUCACUAGAUAAUGUCGAGCUGCAGGAAGUGCGUGGCGAAAGCCAUAAUGAGAUGAAAAAAACUCUGAAUUGGUUGGAUAUUUUUUGGUUUGGGAUUGGAGCUAUAAUGGGUGCAGGAGUAUUUGUACUUACUGGCGAAGCUGCUCGGAAUGAUGCCGGUCCUGCGGUUAUACUUUCAUACCUAAUAUCGGGCAUAGCUGCAUUGUUAUCAGUGUUAUGCUACAGCGAAUUCGCGACGGAAUUACCGGUAGCCGGAGGUUCAUUUUCGUAUCUUAGAGUGGAGCUGGGUGAUUUUGUAGCUUUCAUUGCUGCUGGGAACAUUUUGUUUGAGUAUAUUAUUUCUGGUGCUGGCGUGGCUCGGUCUUGGACUUCGUAUUUGGCUACCCUCUUUAACAAUGAACCAAACACUUUCCGCAUACACGCCCCAUUUCUUGCAGAUAAUUAUAACUAUUUAGAUCCCAUUGCUGUGAUGAUUUCGAUCUUUAUUUGUAUUGGAGCAUGUUGGAGUAUCAAAGGUUCAUCAAGAUUCAACUCAAUUGCUACAAUAGUCCACAUGUUCAUCUUGGCAUUCAUCAUCAUCGCCGGUCUUACGAAGGCGAAUACUGCUAAUUUCACACCUUUCGCACCUUUUGGUAUUCGCGGGAUUCUGAAGGCAUCAUCUAUGCUUUUCUUUGCAUAUAUAGGAUUUGAUGGAGUAGCAACUUUAGGUGAGGAGAUUAAAAACCCGGGUCGAGAUAUUCCGUUAGGACUAAUUGGCUCCAUGUCGGUUAUUGUGGUACUUUACUGCGUUCUUGCAGCAACGCUAAGCUUAAUGCAGCCUUACACCCAGAUUGAUGUUGAUGCGCCAUUCACAGUGGCAUUUCAAGCUACGGGUAUGAAUUGGGCGAAAUAUAUCGUUGGAUUGGGUGCGUUGAAAGGGAUGACAACAGUUUUGCUAACUAAUGUGCUCGGACAAUCUCGAUAUUUCACUCAUAUCGGCAGAACCCAUAUGGCCCCGCCUAUACUUGCUUCCGUCAAUAAAAGAACUGGCACCCCAGUGAUUGCCACAGUUUGCAUGACUGUAGCAAAUUGUAUUGUUGCUUUCUUCACAAGCCUUGAUGUUUUGGCAAACCUCUUGUCCAUCUCCACCCUUUUCAUAUUUUCUCUUGUGGCUCUUGCAUUGCUGGUGAGACGAUACUAUGUGACUAAUGAGACGUUGAAUGUUGACAGAAAGAAGCUUAUUGGAUUGUUGGGGUUAAUCGUAGCAUCCUCAAUUGCCUGCGCUGUUUAUUGGGCAGUCUCAGAUGGCUGGGUUGGUUAUGUAAUAACCGUACCGAUUUGGUUUUUCUCCACAUUAGCACUACAGCUGACACUGAAUCAAGCAAGAAAGCCUAAACUGUGGGGAGUACCAUUGGUGCCAUGGCUACCAUCUGCUUCGAUUGCUCUAAAUGUUUUUAUUAUGGGAUCCAUCGACGGGGCAUCAUUCAUUAGAUUUUCCAUCUGGACAGGGGUAUUGCUUGUCUAUUAUCUGCUUGUGGCACUGCAUGCUUCUUAUGAUGCAGCAAAGAAAUUGCAAAUAGAAGUAGCUGUCAACAUUUAGGGAAGUUUUCUUUAGUGUUUUUGGGUAUAUUUUUGGGAUAAUUAUUAAUUUGAUGUCUGAACUUGUUCAAAGUGACAAUUUAAUGUUUGUUUUCAAUUUGGUGUUUAAAUCGGCUAAAUAUAACAAAUAAGUGGUUUUACUA